UCUUGAUCUGCUCCUGGGACGGGGAUCGGCAGCCGGGAGCCACCUAGCCGGCGGCGUGCCUCUGCCGCCACAAACCCUUCUUGCUCCUGCUCCUCGGACGGGGAUCGGCAGGCUCCUAGCCAGCGACCAUGGCGGAGGCCGCAAGAUCAGUAUCGGCGCGUGCCAAUCGCGGGCUCCCAUACGAGAUCGUGAUCUGGGAGAUCCUCGUCCGCCUGCCCCCCAAAGCUCUCCUCCGCUGCCGCGCUGUCUGUCGCGCCUGGCACCACGCCACCUCCGCACAUGACUUCCUCCUCGCCCACCAUGCCCACCAGCCCGUGCUCCCCGUCGCCUUCAGCCGCGAUGUUGGCUACCCAAGCAUCGUAACCUUCGACCACCGGGCCGCCGACGCCCAGCUCCAACGCGUGACCCGGCUUGAGAAUAGGGUCUGUGGCCUGUAUUACUCCUGUGACGGUCUCCUCCUCCUCUGUUCCCAUGACACAACCGGCACCUACUUCUGUAUCUGCAACCCGGCCACUCGCCAGUCGGCUCGCCUGCCAAUUGUUUCUGGCUACGUCAUCUUGGGAAUGUACAGGCACCAUCCUACUGGUGAGUACCGAGUACUGAUGUAUCUUGAAAAUCAGGAAAUCAACGGCAAGGAUGCCUGCUACAUCUUCACAUUGGGCUCCGUCCAAGUCCAACCACCGAGGAACAUCGGGUGGCAGCCGGAGGCGAAGGAAGUGUAUUGCAGCAGUGGGCAACCUGUCUUAUUACGUGGCAGCCUGCAUUGCCCCUCAGAGCAACGUGAGAUUGGAAGCAACAAUAUCGUGGUUUUUGACACCUCAACCGAAUUGUUCCGGCAGAUGCGCGCUCCAGUUGCUCCAGUUGCCCCUCGCUACAAUGCGCUGUUUGAGAUGGAUCGUGUGCUCGGCAUGUACAUAUGUAGUGAUGGUGUAACUAUCAUUGAUAUCUGGAUGUUGCUGGACUAUGAAAACGAGGUCUGGACCUUCAAGUGCAAGAUUGCAUUGCCGGUUACUGAGAUCAACAUGAUGUGUGGAAUGCUUGAAGGUUCUAGGUAUGCAGUGGUCGUGCCUGGAAAUGGUGAGUUGCUCGUGCUGGUCAAAUUUGCGGGGUGGCUACUUCAGGUUGACAUGGAUGGCAAGUUGGUUGCCACUUUCCAUCGCAAGGAAGUGUUUCCUACUCAAUUGCAGCUCAAACAAACUCUUGUUCCACAUGCUUUUUUCCAACACUAGACGGUAAUUUUGUGAAUGUUCCGUUUUUAAUCUGAAGGCUGCGAUAUGUGUGAUUUGAAUCACAUCGACUAUAUGCCGGAGCUUCUUAGCACCGCCACCUAGAUGGUUGUAUCCUCAUGAGCUGCAAUAUGUAUGAUUUGAAUC